UGAGCUUCGUUCAAUCAAUAUCGACUACUGUCCUAAGGAAUAGAAAAAAAUCUCUAUUCCGAAUGUUCAUAACUUUACUGCAAGCCUGUUUAUUUUAAUUUUGCAAUAUGAAAAAUAAUUCUGAAAAUCGAUUUAGAAAAACAAAUAUGAUAGACGUACAGCCAGAAAGAGGUGAACAAGAAAUAGCCCUAUCGGAAAGUUCUUUGAGAGAUGCUACGGAAACUAAAUAUGCACCUGUAUAUAUUCAACCCAUCGGGGAUAAUUACGAACUUACACCCAUUCAAAAAUUUUACAAUGGUCAAAGUAUUUUUAUAACUGGUGGAACAGGAUUCAUAGGGAAGUUAUUGAUCGAGAAAUUGUUAAGAGAAUGUCCCGGUAUCACUUGCAUUUACCUUUUGAUACGUGCAAAAAAAGGAAAAAGUGUGCAUCAACGCAUGAAAGAACUAAUCGGAAAUUCUUUAUUUUCCACUUUGAGAGAGAAACAACCAACAUUCCAGAAUCGUAUAGUUCCAAUCAAUGGCGAUUGUACCUUGCCGAAUCUCGAUAUCUCAAUGGUCGAUAGAGCUACAUUAAUACGCGAGGUCUCAAUUAUUUUUCAUGUCGCCGCAACCGUUAAGUUCAACGAGAAAAUAAAAUUGGCGACAGAAAUCAACGUUCGAAGUGUAAAAGAUAUAAUAAAUUUGUCCAAAGAAAUGUCAAAACUGAAGAGUGUUGUGCACGUAUCAACGGCUUAUUCCAAUUGUUUUCAUAUUCCACUUGAGGAGAAAUUUUAUGACCCACCGAUAGAUCCCGACAAGUUGAUAAAUUUGGUGAACUCUAUAAAUGAAAAAUUGCUCGACGAUAUUACCCCACAAUUACUCGGAAUAUGGCCAAAUACUUAUGUUUAUACGAAAACAGUCGCAGAGAAUCUUAUAAGAAAGCAUGCUGAUUCUAUACCGCUGGGAAUAUUUCGGCCAGGAAUGGUUAUAUCCACGUAUCGAGAACCUAUCCGAGGAUGGAUCGACAACAGGAACGGACCAACAGGAAUCACAACAAAUGUUUUUAUGGGAUUAAUGCGAAUUCACCAUUGCGAUGGAUCGAUAAAUAUGGAGAUAGUACCUGGAGAUUUGACCGCUAAUGGAAUAAUCGCUAGCGCAUGGGAUAUUGCAAAUAAUCGAAAAUCCAACGAAGAUAUUCCCAUUUACAAUUACGUAUCAAAGGACAAUUCAUUCACUUUCGGAAGCUUUUUGGAAAAGAUACUUACAUAUGGAGAAUUGGUACCGUCUGAAAAGGCAAUUUGGUGUCCCAUCUUUGACAUAACAAAAUAUCGAUCGAUGUAUCUUUUCUACGUAUAUUUUUUACAUUUACUACCAGCUCUUAUAAUCGAUACACUCUCUUUGUGCACGGGUAAAAACCCAAGGUUACUCAGAAUGUAUAAUAAAAUUCACGAAAUGACAGAUAUAGUUAGUUAUUUUUGUAUUAACGAAAAAAAAUUUACGAAUGAAAGAUGGAACGAAUUGUUGAAGAAGUUAACGCUCGAAGAUCGUGAAUUAUUCUAUUGUGAUAUGAAGGAUCUCGUUUGGAAUACUUAUUUUGAAACAUACUUCACAGGUGUAAGAAAAUAUAUCUUAAAGGAUCCUAUUGAAACACUCCCACAAGCUCGUAUAAAAAGGCGAAGGUUUUAUCUGAUGCAUCAAGGAUUGAAACUUCUUAUCGCCUGUGUCCUAUUUAUCAUCACAUGGACUAUGAUGUCCAGGCUACUUGUAACAUUUGGAUCUCCGUAAAAGCAAAUGAAUGAAGGUCAAAAGUAAUCAUAAUUUAGGCUAUCGCCUAUCAAUAAUUUCUUGAAUGAAAAUAAAUCAAAAUUUAACGGUUUUUAUUCUUGAAAUCUCGGACAGAUUUGUGGGCUAGAACUUUUUCCUUAUAUACUACGCCAUUUAUUGCACAUAAUAUAUGCUUAUUUUUUUAUAUUUAAUUUUUAUUAUGGCCGAACACUUAGCUACAAGUUUCAUUCCUAAACUUCAUUGAAACCAUAUAUCACUUUUUUUGCAUUUUCUCUUUCCUAGUAAAAAUGAAAGUAAAAUGAAUAAGACAAUAAUUCAAAGUUCAUUCGACAAAUACGUAUUUCGGAAUCAUAACUGUUGAGUUUUGUUGCCGAAAUAUUUAUUGAUUCCGUUUUUGCUGGUAAAUUCAUUACUUCGGACUUUUUUGUGAUGAAAGUGUGUCAAUUUUAAUUAUGCAAAAUGGGAAAUAUUUCUGCAAUAAGUAAAAUAUAUAUGGAUUAUAGUCCUAUCCCAUAUUUCUCACAUAUUAACACAUUUAUGAAAAGUGUUUUUCGAUCGUGAUGUUUAGCUGAAUACCUCAUAUAAUUUAAAAAAAUCUAUAGGUAAAUAUUGAAAGAUAGAAAUAUAUAAAUGUAUAUCAAUAUAAUAAAAAUAUUAUCUCCUGAUAUCAUAUUUACAAUUAUUUGUCGACUAAAAAAGGGCUGAUACGAUCAAAAUAAAACGUUCUUAUACCAAAUAAAUAAGAGUAUUUAUUAAUAAAAAUAAAUUGAAAAAAGUCGGAAUGGAUUUCUAACAGAUGUAAGGAUAAAUGGUGGUUUGAAUUGAUUUGGAGAAAAUCUAUAAUAUUUCUUUAUGAAAUAGGGAACAAUCUUCUUUAUCCUGGAGUUCAUGUUGAUUUAGUAGUUACAUUAUUAUAGAAAGUUGUAUGAACAAGAUUAAUAGAAAAAUAGAGACCAAAUAGAAACAAAAAUUAUUCUAGAAAAUGCGGGUUAAAUAGUAUCAACGAAAGGUAUAUGUGCAUCAACAGAAAUGGAUUAAAAAAUUGUUAGAAUAAUAUGAAAUUAAUUAAUGCGAUAUUGUUGCAUUGCAUUUUGAUACGAAUAUGUAAAUGCAAAUAUAUAAUAAGAAUGAACUAUGUAAUAUUUGAGUUUAUAAAGAAUUCAGUAAAACACGAACAGAAAUAAGACGUUUUAAAGUUUAUAAACAUAAAUAAUAAGAUGCUAUAGAGAAUUUGAAAAGAUAGUUAAUUGUAGCACUAUACCUUAUAUUUAACAAGUAUUUCAUACAAAAUCAUUUUCCAAAAACUGUUUUAUUUUUCACAAAAUCUACUGUAUUUCUGGUAAUCUUUCUCCAGGCACGCUCCCGGCAUCAUUAUCGAGCCUAGUAUAUCGUUCAUCGAUUCUAUUUUUAAAUAUGGCUGAUACCAUAGUGUCGAUAAAUAAGGAUGCUAUUUUACGAGAAAACUUAUGAUUUGAGAGUCCAGCAAAAACAAAAUACUCAAACGACACCAUAAUAAGCUUACACAUUACUACCGCAAGGUGUCGCCUAAGUUAUUGUUUUGAUUCUUCCACUCUUUUACUAACCAAAAUAAAAAUUCUUUAACAAUGAUCUACGUUCAGCUUAAUAUAAAUUCUGACUGUAAAGAAAAUCUUUAUUAUCAAUUAAUUUGUAAAGUUGAUGACGUAAAAUAUUAUUAAAAUUAGAAUCAUUAAUUGCAGUUUUGAAAUAUUAUAUUAAAACGAAGAACAGAUCAACACGUCAUAAAUGGAAAGAUACAUUUCAGCUUGCAGGAGGGAAGAAAAAGACGAGGAAGUGGAAAUGUAUUUUCAUGAAACGAUACAAAAAUGGAAUCUCCUGAAAUUAACAUAUGACUAUUGUAGUUCUACAAUAUAAAUGAGAAAAAUUAUUAUUCUUAAAUAAUCGUUCUAUAAGGAACACUAUAUCAUCGAACGUUCCUAAAAUAUAUAUAGUUAAAAAUUAAAUGAGACAACAAAUCAUCCAGGAAAACUCGGAAUUAUCUACAAAUGAAAAUAAGCUUAUCUCUAAAAACAGUGAAAAAGAAAACGAAGAUGGUAAUGACGAUAAUGAAAACGUGAUGUUGAAAUCAAUACUUUAGUUAGCCAAGACAAAGAAGAAAGAAUGGACAUGAAAUUAAAUGAUGAAAAUACUGUAUAUAUUUAGAAGAUAAGGAUGAAACGACAGAUGCACAUUUGUUUGACAUACGAAGACAUAUUGAAUUUUCAUAAUAUAGACCAAACUAUAUAAUUCGAUAGAUAUGCAACAUUGGAGAAUUAUGGUUAUGCUAAUCUAAUUGAUACUUUCAAGAUUUUAACUUAGAUUAUAAUCGAGCGAUUACAAAUAGAUAUUCAUUCAUAAAAUUCAUAAAACUACUGAAUAAAAUUGUCAAAAAUUAAAUUCUCAUCGCAUAGAUCUCGAAAUAAGUUAAAAGUCAUAUUGUUUACUCAGAUAACGAGGAACUAUAUAAAAAGAGUAAUAUUUUGCCUUUUACUUGACUAAUGAAAUGAUUAAGAAAAACUAUAGCUAUAGAAAUAAUUAAGGCACUUAAUUUGUUAUCAUCCCAGUUAAUAUUAAUUAGAAUCUCUAUUCUAUAUAUACACAUUUAUUAUGUUCAGAGAGAUACAAUAUUCAAAUGAGCCACUGAUAUAAUGGUUACUAUAUAAAUGGGAAAAUUAAAUGAAAUACUUUUUAAUGUAAAGUCUCUUUUAAUACAGGAAACGUCCACGAUUAUAGAAUCAUCUACUUUUGGAAGAAUUGACAAAGGAGAUAACUUCUGUGACAAAGAAAUAAACGUGUAAGGAAGAAAUUACGAAAUUCUAUUGUAAAACAAAACUGCAACAAGAAAAGACAUAUAAGCUGCAGUUUGUGGGAGAAUUGAAAUUAGUAGUAAUGGAAGGAACCUAGAAUUAUGCAACAAAGGAAGAAAAUAAACAAGAAGAGAAACGCUUAGUAAACAUCUUCAGUUAUAUGCACAUGCACUUCUGCUGACACGCUCAUCCAAAUUACGAUAAAUUCAUGGUGCUGAUGUGAUAUUGUCGCAUCUUGAUAUAUCUCACACUUUCCCUCUGUGUUUCCACUGUGCAAUUGCUUCUUUUAAAGGAAUAGUGUUUUAUCGCUGAAGAUGAAGAAGAAGGAAAAGGCAGUCAGUUUUAAUUCAAUUGUCAACACUCUUAAUUAGAGAAUGUCUGAAAUGAAUCAUUCCAAUCGAUUCAUAACCCUGUAAAUCUAUUAAUAUGUACAUAUUUGUGUCAUAUUUAAUCUAUUUUUACUCCUUAGACUAUAUUAAUUGCUAACGAUUGAUCUACACUAUUUCUUACAAAUAUGUAGGAAGAGAAAUAAACUAUGAGAAUGUUUGGAUUGUCAGAAAA